GAGAAAGAGAGAGAGAGCGAUUAGAGAGAGAAAGAUAGUAGUUACAUUUGUGUAAGGAAAGCAAUCAGAUUGAGCAACAGAAAAAGUGGAAAAUGUUAAAUGAAAAAGUUAUGACGGGAAACUUUAGUCGAAAACGAACUAAAGAUAAACAGAAUGUCCUCCACGGAAAUGUGUAACUGAGAUUAAAGUUUUUGAUUUGUAAACGCCACUAAACUGAAAUAUAAACAAACCAUUGAUUUACCUUGAGAAGCUGUUUUCAAAGUACACAACAAUGUCUUCUUCAUCGUUGCCGUCUCCUACCUCCUUAAAAUGUUUUGUUUGCGGUCACAAAAUUCAUUCUACAGUCUGUUCGUCUUGUGCAUGUAUCCACACAUCUAAGAAAUCUAUUAUUGACGAUAAGGACCGGGAUGAGUAUGAAAUAGUCGACAACAAAUUAGUUUGUUUGGGACACAGCAAAGAGUUUUGUGAAUUCUGUACCCGUUGCAAGACCUUAUGUUGCAAAACAUGUUCGUCACAAUUGCACUCAAAAUGCACUAAAUACUUGCUACCGAUCGAUGUUGCUGCAAGCGAAAUUCAUAAAGAGCUUUUAUCUCACAAAAUCGAUUUAGAAGACUUUAAAUCGCGUAUCGUGAAAUGCAUGCUGAACAUAAGCGAUAUGAAACAGUUGAAAGAUAACCAGAAAGAUGAUGUAGAAAAAGCGUAUAAUGAUAUUUUCGAUAUGAUCGUGAAGGCGAUUGAAUCGAAAAAACAACAACUACUGCAGAUAGUCAGAAGCGAUUCGGACAACAUCAAAUCGGUUAAAGAUUUGGAACUCAAGUGUAAUCGAGAACUGAAGUAUAUCUCAGAACAAAUGGACCUGAUCGACAAUUCGCUUGAAGGUCAGGAAAACAAAGAAAUAUUUUUUAAUAGAUAUUCCAAGUGUAAUGUUUCCAGAGACUUAAAGACAGUUUUACAAGAAAUUGAAAAUAUAAUGAGUGAUACUAGUGUUUACCAACUGAGUCAAAAGAAAUCGAAAGUUUUCGACUUACUUUUACUAGAACUUGUAUCGAAAUUAUGCCCAUCCGAAGUAUAUUGCGAUGAGUCAAAUGAGACUAUUAAAGAACAGUUGUUAUCUUUAGUUACGUACCUGAAACCUCAACGAAUUUUCAAAUUUUCUACAAAUACAGAAGACGAAAGGGUUUCUAAGAAAUAUCUCAACGAUAUGGUUGUAUUCAAUGAUGGCUGCAUUGUUCUGACAGAUAGCUUUAACAAUAAACUUAAACUAUUCUCUUGUUCCGGCCAUUUGAUUAGCGAAUGCAUUUUGGAAUAUUGGCCGUUCGGCGUAUGCAUAUGGGAUGAUGACAUGUUUGUGGUUAGCUUGCCAAAUGUACGAAAGAUCUGCUUCAUAAAACACCUUUGCCCUAUGUCAGUGAGUCAUUACAUAGUGACAAAAUGGUCUUACUAUUGCCUUACUAAAGUUGACAACUGUCAUCUGGUAUGUACUCACUGUCUUACAUCGAAAGUCGAUAUCGUUCGGGUAAAUAACAAUUCUUUGACUCUGAUACGCACCAUUGAACCAGAUAUUCUCGGAGAAAUCGCCAACAGCGUGUGCUAUGUGGCUAUAACACCAGCCGGUGACAUAGUAAUAUCUGACCAUCUUAACGAUUGCAUCGUUUGCUAUGGCCUAGAUGGUAGUCAUAAGUUCACUAUCAAAUACAUUGGAAAAUAUCCUCUUGACGGACCGGCGGGAGUCUGUGUGGACGAUCGUUUUAUCUAUCUGUCAGAAAUGGGACAGUCACGUAUACUGCGUUUAACUUUCAGUGGCACGCUCAGCGGAGUGCUUGUACCCAAAGAACGGAACCUCAUUCGACCGAAAGCCAUUAGCAUCGGUCCAAAAAGGACGAUUGCUAUUUCGAACUUUACACGUCAACAGUCUUUCAUACAAGUUUUCCAAAUUUAAUUGUCCAACACCACGUGUAUGUACUUCGGAAGUGUAAAAAUGAUACCCUGUACAUAAAAAUAAAAUCCCAAACAAGCAGCACCCUUGCCAUGUCCGGUGUUUUCAUGUUUAAAUUCAGCUAUGGAUCGUGUCUUGCCACUCAUACUAUGAUAAAAUAAAUAAAUAACCAACGGAGUAAUAAACAGAGAAACAGAUGCAGUCGGUAUUUAUUUCAAAUCCAACGAAUCAUUUAUUAGCUUUACAGUAUUUGUAGCUGUUUUAAAAGAAGUGAAUUAUGCCAGCAUGCAGUCAAAGCCGGGUUAAAGUAAUUUAAGACGUGCAACAUUUAUUUCAAUUAAAUCACAUUAAAAUUCAUUUAAAUUAACUUACAUUUACAUUCAUUUCAUGAAAUACAAACGGCAACAACAUCAAGUAAGAAAAACCCUUUUCCUUUCCUUGCCGUCCUCUACAAACGGAAGAAAUUUAUUGUUAGUCAAAAUUUGAUGAUAGAAUUAUCAACUCAACCCAAAGUCACAGACAAUGUUCAAUUUUUUCGCGAGAAUAGACUUAUUUAUGAAUCAGGAAAUUAACUAUUUCUCGCCAAAAUUCACCUUCAUUCUUCCUGCUAAAGUUCGUCUUUCAUUAAAACAUAAAAUGUUGAAUUUGUUUUUACACAUGAA